GUUCACUCGCGAUCAGAGAGUCUUGAGCGGAAGUCUUGUGCAAGGAAAUCGCAACGUCAGCGGCGUGCCGGCUUUCGAGACGAACGUGCCACGGAAUGUCACUACUGCAGUCGGUCAGACCGCUUUUCUUCACUGCAGAGUUCAUCAGCUAGGCGACAAAGAGGUGUCCUGGAUGCGCAAACGCGAUAUGCAUAUUCUGAGCGCGGGCAUCUUUAUGUACACGUCAGACCUGAGAUUUCAAGUGAUUCAUGUGGACAAGUCGGAGAACUGGACGUUGCAGAUCAAGUCGCCGCAGGAGCGCGAUUCCGGCGUGUACGAGUGCCAGGUCAGCACCGAGCCGAAGAUGUCACUCAACUACAGUCUCAACGUGGUUGAAGCGCGAGCCAGAAUAAGCGGUCCGCCGGAUAUCUACGUGAAGACCGGAAGUCUUUUGACAUUAACGUGUCUCAUGUCACAAGGUCCUCACGACCUGGGAACGGUAGCCUGGUACCGAGGGACUCAGGCGGUAGUGACGUCACCGCGAUCAGAAAAUGACAUCGAGGCGGAACCACGCAUAACCGUGGAGACGGAAUGGAGCGACGCCCUCACAUCGAGAUUGAGGAUUACGUAUGCGAAACUCGGUGACUCCGGAAACUACAGUUGUGUUCCUACCGUGGCGGAGAGAGCGAGUGUCAACGUGCACGUGAUCAAUGGUGAACAUCCGGCCGCGAUGCAGCACGGAAAUACGGCAGCCGGCUCGCCCAACUCCAAAACGGUGCUGCUGAUGCUCGCCUUCCUUCUGGGUCAACUGAGAUAAUGUGCGCGAAACGCAGAAGGGUCGCCCGAGACAUUUACAAAUCGAUGGACACGCAUCGCGAGGUGAUUGCCCAAACACACAUCCUUAACGUUCAUUCUUUUGCACAGACCGUUCCGAAUUUAGAUCCCGCAUAGUUUCGUCAUUUAGCGGCCGAAAGACGCUACGUAAUUAAAUUACGUAAAAUUACGUGACGAUAGUCGAGCGAUUGAAGGAAGGGAUUUUAAUUACCGAGAUCGGAAAAUCAAGUUUACGAGAUCUGCGAGUUUGAUACUUUCCAAGUUGCAUGAUUCUUAUCUUGUUUAAUUAAUCGAUCUUCGAAGAACGAUAUUUCAAUGUUACGCAAUUCUUCUUUUAUUCUCGACAUUAUUAUUCUUUAUUUUUUUGUUAUCAUAAAUUUGGACGGAAUAGACCAAUAUACAAAGUCAGUUGUAAUAACUAGAAUUUUUCUAGCUCCAGUAAAUUAAUCAUUUCUAAAGAAAAAUCUGAAAACUUGCCUCAUUAUUACUUUAAUCAUGUCGUAUUUUAAACGCUCUCAUUGUGCGGCAUUUAUCCUUGUUCCUUUUUAAUCUCUCGCGAAAACACUCGUCUCGUUUAUCUGAAACUUAAUUGUGAGUUUGGCCGCUAGGAUGAAAAAUACGAAGAUAAUCUCUGCGAGACAGCUAGUUCUUACGUAAUAAAGGGGAGAGAGGCUCUGUGUCUAAGGGUUAAGGAAAAGUGUGAGAGGCCAAACUUUUCAGUCGACUUUCCCGCGAUCACCCGAAAAACUCGAGGGAAGAGAGACAGGGAGAAAACGAAAACUCGGAGCCGAAACUUUUCAUACAUUUGUCGGUAGCGACAGCGGCAAUAUAUUUACAGUUGAACUGUACGUAUAUAGAGAAACGUUAAAUAGCUGCGUAAUGAUAACGAGCGAGCGAGCGAGCCAAGGCGUUUUCACUUCGCAAACAUUUUCAAUAAUUGGCGUACUGCACAAAUAUAAUAUUUUCAACAUCAAUUGCGUCCGAAAUUAAUAAUUAUCGCGUCGUGUUUAAUGACCGUUCGCCUAAAUAACAAGCAGAUCCCCGCCCUCGUUUUAUUAAUUGACGAUGCAUCUGGUUCACCGGGCGCGCAUAUUGUUUUUAUUUAUAUAUCGUACUUCAAGCAUUACUUUUUUAUUUUUAAUUAUUUUUCUUUACAAUACAUUUCGUAAACACGUUAACAAUCGAAUAAUAUGGGAUAAUACCGAUCGCGAAUACAAUAUCGCUCGAUUUAAUUCCGGUUUGUUGUUUACAGCAGUCAUGGUUAAUCAUAGAGAGAAAAAGAAAAAUGCGAUCAUUGGCGUGAUGCAACGUAGUUAUUUUCGCAUAAUAAGCUUCUUUUGCACUCCCUAUAUUCGUACAUAGAUAAAUAAAAAUAAAGAAAAAGGUCCCUAUUCGCAAAUACCUUGAUUAGCAGGCAGCAUCUGUUUGGCUUAGCUCAAGAAAUUAGUUUAUGCUUCGUGAUUUAGCAUUCGGUACGAUUCAUUGUCGAGGGAUAAGAAGACGGCAGGCGUUGAAAAAUGAUUUUCGUACGACCGCACGGACGAGAGAACAUAGUUCUUAUCAUAUCCACGAGUGAUCAAAAGGGUCAAUAUUAUUCAAGAAUUUCAACGACGAUGAAAUCGGAGGUUUCUUAGAGUUUAUAAUUAGAGACGAUUUUACGCGUCAGAGAGAGAGAGAGAGAGAAAGAGGGAUUAAAGAUUACAUCGUCGUCGCUGAGAUUUUAGGAUAAUUGCAUCGCGAUGUCUAACAAAACGGCGACGCGAUGCAAACAUAAGAGUUAAUGAUAAUGCGCAGCGCGAAUGUUGACGCGAGGAGACAUAAUCGAGGGCAGAAUGUCUAGGAAGAAGAGGGAUAUAGAGCAGAUAAAACAGAAUUAUGACCCGCGCCCUUUCCCGAGACCAUAGAGAGAAAAUUUUGCGAGAGAACGAGAGGAAAGUGUUAAGUGUAAAAUAAAUGUGUCACAAGCAAGUUUCAAUCGAAAAGAGCGAUGUAAUAAAAAAAAAAAAGGGGUGGCCCGACCUCUCCAUCCCCAGCGUGGCGAAGUACUUUCUACUUACGGCAUAAGUGUUAAAUUGAAACUUAAAGAAAAAAAAACAUACAUGGAGAAAGAGAGAGGAAACACAUACGUAACACACGCAUAAACACACAUACACACCUUACAGAUAAUAGUAGAGAAAAAUGUAUGUAAACCACAAACACACAAACACACAUGUACACGCGUGCGACUUUACGACUCGUAUGAUUUACACCCACGACUAGUCCGAAAAAAGAUAAAAAAAAACUGUGUUCCCCCAUCCACUCGCAUCCUUCUCACAAUCUGAGUUUUCACACCGAUUCUCUUGCGAGAGAACGCAUUCUUGUACAUAAUGUUUUACUCUUGUAAAUAAAUUACCCACACAACGUU